UUCGGUUCCGGAUUACGACCCAAAUAGGCAUGCUUGGUGCUCGUGGAAAUACAAGCGCAUGUUUUCAUCGCGCCGGCCCCGGCGGUUCGGCCAGUUCGAACUUCAGUGACAGUCGGUUGUGGGGCAGGCGGUUUGACGAGAGUUUGUUGGGCACCAGGAACCUCCGGCGUUGUCUGCGGGGUCAUGGCAGUACCACCGCGGCUGCCCUUGCGGCGAAACGCAAGCGCAUAAGUUCCUCGUGGAUUUCGUCAGGCCUGGCGUGGUCGUCCCAGCCCGGCGGGAUUCGGUGGACGUGCAGCCGGUGCAGCGGCGGGUCGACGGAGCGCGAGGUGAUGUUUACGCGAAGAUCACGUUCUCGUACUCCGGGGUUCCCGGAGACCGAAGACGUCCACCGUGCUCGUCCGAGGUUCGCAGCAGUCCCCCCCGGAAAAGAUCGAUGCCGUACGUGCGUGGUUCAAACCACGACCAGGUUCAAACACAUUUCGUGCCCACCCGACACAAGUAUGUUCGAUUCGAUUAUCUUCAACGUGUGUCCACUCCGGUAUUGUUAUCGGAACACGGGAAACAAUCUAAAACUCCUUGCGCUGUACUAUUCUCCUGUACUGCAUUUGUACCUUUCUGUUUAAUGAUACGAUAUCUGAAUUAGUUGGUGUUUGUUUCUGAACAAUAAAGUUGCGGUGGACACCCCUGUGUUGUUUCUUUUUCGUCAAAUAAAGUUUACGUAUACAAAACUUGCUGCCGAGGACGGAGAAACGACAAUGCGACGUUUUUCUUCGUCGGUGUCGGUACGCGGUCGAAAGUUGGGAUGAGCAACACUUUUCAUCGCUCUCGCGUCUUAUGCAGCUCUAGAGCAAGGAAAUGAUUCUAGACGAAUCAUUUCCUUGCAUAAAUAUAUUUAUUGCGCGUUGCGCCACAUGAUGUAUAACACACAGCAUUUUGCUACAUUUUACUUCAGCGAUCACCGCGAAACUUUGCAUUGGUUAGGCCUCCGCCAACCACACCGAUCAGCUCAGCUGGACCUGGGUGCCUGCCAGGGUUUAGAGUAAGAGUACAGUACAUACCAUACGUUGAAGUAAAUAAGAGAAAUCUGGUGAUAUGCAGUAACAGUACCUAAAAAAAAAACACAGCUGAUCGCGUUCGCGAGGUUUACGAAAGUGUUCACGCCGCCGUCUGCAACCAGCGACGAACCUGACGAAUCUCCGAAUCUGCCGAAUAUUCGUCGCGGGAAGUUCGGAAAUUUCCGAAUCUGUCCGAAUCCGAAUCUCUGGUGAUUCGUCCCAUCACUACUUCUUUCAUUGCAAGUUGCAACGUUGUUGUUUCAUUCUUGCUUGCUUGCUUGGCAAUCCACAGUUGCUCUACUGUUGCGCAAGCUUUGUGCGUCGUCCGUGCCGCUUUUUGAUAAGCUUUAGGACUUUAGCGCUUGCAGGCUCGGUGACGCCCUCGGCUCUACCUCGCUGGUAAAUUGGAGAAAGGAUCCACUGCAACGCGUCGCGGGUCUCGGCUACCUAUGCUCGAAGGAACAGCGGACAUCGCCACUUCUCAGCUUGAACAUGCGGGCCGCUUAGCGCCUCAACCCACGCAGGAACCGCUCGAUUUAGUGCGGAACUCUACCCACGAGGACGCGUCCGAAGUUCACGAUGCAAGGUUAGAGAGCCAGCAAGUUCUCCCGAAAACCCGUCGCGGUCGCGGUAAGGCCGUACCCGUGUCGACCCCGAGCCAGCCUUGCAGGUUCUUCGCCAACCAUGGUCACUGCCGCUACAGAGACCGCUGCAGAUACUCUCAUGGCGACGUUGGCGUCGUGAGCGACCACCUUGGCGCCGAAACGCCGGAGGCUGAAGAUGUCGCCAAGCAGAAGAAGCCUUCGUCAGGCGAGCCGACCGAGGUAUGUCGGUUCUACGAGCGCACGGGGUACUGCCGCUUUGGUCGAAGUUGCCGCUUUGUUCAUCGCCCGAGGAGCAAGGCGAAAAACGCACGCAGGGUCGGCAAAACCGCCCUGAACUGCCAGCCGAACCAAGUUGUUGACUCAAACUCUCCGGACGCAUCAGCUAACUCGACAAUCGAAGACUUUCUACCGAGAGGUAGUGACGCCAACUUGACCGUUCAGCCGAACGAAGUUGCCGACCCGAACGCUCCAUUGCCGACUCGGGCGCCAGCCCAAAGUGUGUUGUCGCCAAAUUUUCCGGGUCAAGAUACCCCAAAGCGCGAGCUCACCGAGGAUGAAACUUUGAAGGAAUUGAGGGCCCGUGAGAUUGAACAGUUCCACAAGCGCUACCGGAGAUGCAGAAAAAUCGCGGCCGACGAGGAAAACGGCGAAAAAUUCAGCUUUGUGUUCCAGCCAACUGACCCCGAUUGGCCUUUUGAUGUGAAGGAGCUCACCCUUCUGGUUUCAUUUCCACGGUCUUAUCCAAAGGAGUGCUUCACUUUGAAUGUGCUGGAUGAGGAGGCUGUGCUGCCCCCUGUACUUCUUAGGGACCUGAACAGAGCGGUGGCUUCGUGGUUACUCGAGAAGCACGCCACAAACGAAAAGCUCGGACAGACGCAACUCAUCCUUCGUCCUUUCUUACGCUGGUUCGACCGUAACCUAGAGGAUCUUUUCAUCGAGGGUCUAAGAAAGGUGAAGAAGAUGCAACUGGCCGAAGCCGCUGGGCUCGAGUUCGUUCCCUUUGAGCAGUUGGCAUCCAAAGCAGACGACAAACCGGCAAAAUCGACCAUGGGCACCGACGUGCUUAACACUGAAACGGAAGAUGCGAGAUCCGUGGAACCGUCCGUGCGUGACGACCUGACUCAAAACGUCGAAGCAGAAGAGCGUACGGAGGUAGACUUUAACGGAGUCUGGCGUAGCCCUAGCGAAGCCAAUCCAAUCCAAGUGGGUGACGAUUCGGUGGAACUAGAGAAAACCAGGGACCACAAGACAGAGGCGGAGGUCGGAGAUCGCGAGCUCAGUAACAAAAAGGCCCUCGAGUCGCACAAGGAGACUGAGUCCGUUGAGAAGCGGGACGGCGCGGCAAAGUCGGAGCAGCCGGACGCGCAGAAGCCACGAGCGGACAUUCUGGUCAACCAGAAGCGCGGCACCGAAAUCAAGUUCCGCCGGCUGGAGCUGGGGGAGAACGUGGCCACCCUCGAGUGCCUCAAGGUCGCCCUGAGGAUCCAGUGUUCGCGCUGCCGCUGCAACGCCGACCUGACGACCCCUCCGCGGCGGCGGAACGUGGUUGCUUGCGGACGCUGCAGUCAUAGCGGCACACUCACGUUCCGUCCUAACCUGAUGCAUGCCUUCAACUCCGUGGUGGGCUAUUUGGACCUGACGGACUACCAGGUCGUGGACCUUGUGCUCUCCGGUUGCACCUUUGCUCUGGAGUGCUUUGGGUGCAACAAGCGGAUCAGCACCGACGGGAUCCACUAUGGCCAGCGGCGUUCCUUGUGGUGCCAGUUCUGCAAUGCCAAAAUGGCGGUGCUCAUGGAGUCCAUCAAGUUCCAGCAGCUACAGCCAUCCAAGGCCGCAGAAGGUGGCCCUUGCUUUUCCGUGAAGACCCCCAAAGCCGUGAAGAACGUAAAGGACCCUGCAAUUCAAGAAGGAAAGCCAUUGCCCUCCAACGGGAUCUGCAAGCACUACAAGAAGAGCUUCAGGUGGCUCAGGUUUCCGUGCUGUGGCAAGGCGUACCCGUGCGACAAGUGCCACGACGAGCAGGAAGGAGGCCACGAGAUGAAGUUUGCCACGCGCAUGAUUUGCGGACACUGUGCCAAAGAACAGCCUUUUGCGGCCGAGAAGCCGUGCAUUGGUUGCGGCAGUUUCACGACCAAGAAACCGACCGCGCACUGGGAAGGUGGACGUGGUUGCCGGGACAGCAUCAAGAUGAGCAGGGACGAUAAUAAGAAGUACAGUGGCAUCGGCAAGACCAUCUCGAGGAAAGCUCAAGACAAGGUGUCAGGGAAAAAGUGACUUCUUUUAUUUGUUUUUAUACUCUGGAAUAAACAUGAAGUUUAUUUGUA